AAAUUGGAGUGCCCCAUACGACCCGCUACGCGCACGAAUCCCGGCAUCCCCUCUCCUCCUCUUCCCUCUCGAUCCUCCCAGAAGAGUCUCCGGAUCUCCGCCCCCUCCCCUGCGCCGUCGAUCCACCCAACGAUGGAGGAUACGGCGGCGCCGACGGCGACGGCGGAGAAGUCGUCGUACAGGUACUGGGUGCGGGAGGCCACCGGCGACGCCGCGCCGCUCCCCGUCCCCCGCAAACUCGACACCACCGCCAACGGCAACGGCAACGACGGCGCGGCGCCGAAACUCGGCUCCGUCUGGAACCAGGCUGGGACCUGGGAGGAAAAGAACCUCAAUUCAUGGGCUAGUAGUAGGAUAAAGGAUUUGCUGGGUUCUUUAGAAGCAUUGGAAUUCCCCACAGGGAAGGCAUCCAUUGAUGAAGUAUCCAAAUGCUCAGGCGAUGCAUUUCUAGUAACAGUUCGUAACAAGAAGAGAGUAGGGUAUAAUUAUGAACUGAGCUUGAGAUUUAAAGGUGAAUGGUUAAUUAAAGAAGAAAACAAGAAGGUCACAGGCCACAUAGAUAUCCCCGAGUUUUCCUUCGGUGAGCUUGAUGACCUAGAGGUAGAAGUAAAGUUCACUGACAGCCUCGCAUCGGACGACAAGAUGCGGAUCGGCAAGGAUGUGAAGUCCUUCCUCUCGCCUAUCCGGGAGAAGCUGCGCGCCUUCGAAGAAGAGCUGAAAGAUAGGUAGAGAAUAUCUGCAAGAGCCGGCGAUGUCUUCUCAGUGUUUGCUGUCAUUCUUGUAGCUGAGACCAUCUUAUGAAUUAAGCACAUGCUGUCAAGACUCAAGGUCAUAUUUCUUGUUUCACCAGUCCCGUGUAAGAUUAUACAUCCUUGGUUGACCGAGACCGCGUGACCAAGUAUUAUGAACUCAACUCGACCAGAUGAUCACGAAAUCUCAAGAUGAAUUUGCACUUAAAUCGUGGAGAAAUGGCAAUAUUUGUAUGUGGACACUAUUUAUGUGUAGGAAAGAAACAAAAAGGUUGGUUCGGUUGUUUCA